CGCAGCUUUCUCAUCUGCUUCGAAAUCUCGUCUGCUUCAUUCUCGUCUGCGUGCGUUCGAAAGCAAGACCGAGUUUUUUUGUCCGGUGCGCGCGUCAUGUCUUCUGCUUCGCUGCAACCUGGUGCGAUUCGGAACGGAUUUUGAGCUCCGUGCCUACUUUGUUGUGUUGUGUCUGUGAGUGUCUUGUUCGGCACGAGGAUGUCGUCGAUGCUGGCGAACGGUCCCAACAUCCUGCAGAUGUGCAGCUUCGAAGCGAACAAGUCGACGAAAGGCGCUUCGAAGCUACGCAGGGACCUGAUUAACGCCGAAAUCGCCAAUCUACGUGAUCUACUACCUCUGCCGUCGUCCACCAGGCAACGCUUGUCGCAGCUGCAGCUCAUGGCACUCGUCUGCGUAUACGUUCGGAAAGCUAACUACUUCCAACACGUGUUUCGGAAACACGAAAUCAUGCCCGAAGUUCCUAUGCUUCACUUCGGCUUCUCCAAGGCCAUGAGUGGUUUCCUUAUGAUGAUGACUCAGAAUGGCAAGCUACUCUACAUCUCAGACAACGCAGCCGAGUACCUGGGACAUUCUAUGGAGGACCUGUUGAUCCACGGUGACAGCGUGUACGACAUCAUCGAGAAGCAGGACCACCAGGCUAUUCAGGCGGAACUUAUGCGAAGCCCAAGUCCCAUGGCAGUUCUCGGUCCUCAAGCCGACACCAGGCUCUUCCUGUGCAGAAUGAAUGUCUCUCGGAAUGCGCGGAGACAGAUGCGAUUCGGCGACCAAAAGGUAGUAUUGGUGCAGGGCCACUACGUCUCCUUCCUGCCGUUGUGCAGUAGGAAUGAACCGGUGUUUCUGGCCACGUGCACCCCCGUUGCCAUGCCCGAGACGAGGGAAUGUGUCGUCCAGGGUUCCACGUCAGUCUUUACCUCCAUUCAUGGCAUGGACAUGAAAUUCCUCCACAUCGACAGAAAUGGCGAAUUCCAUCUAGGCUACCAGAAAUCUUCCUUACAAAGCAUCUCCUGGUACGAGCUGGUUCACUGGGAACAUCUGCGGGAAGCCCAGUCGAAACAUAGGCUCAUCACGCAAUCUGAACAAGAACGGUCCUGCAUCCUUCUCGUCCGACUGCAAGCGCGACGCGGAAACUGGAUCUGGGUACACGUCGUGCUCCAGGUCAAGGACGCUUCGGACAGUUCCCAACAACCCGUCAUCGUUUGCACAAACCAAGUCCUUAGCGAUCGAGAAGCAACAGUGAUGCGUGCGAAUGGUUGGCUCUACCAGUACUAUUCCCUCCACUCGAAGAUGCACUACGGCCUGACACCUUACGAAGCGACCCCUGCGCCACGUCUCCCCGCUUACUACCCGGCCCUGAUGCCGUACCCGCCGUCCCGAGGAGACCAACCGUCUGCCAUUCCUCAGCCGCACUCGCCGUACCCCUUACAUCCCGGUUCCUUGAACGGAUCUCCAGGACAGCACCAUCCUGGUGUCCUGCAGUACGGUGGUCCACACGGAGCACCCUUACCCUACACGAGCAUCGCAGCCAGUCCGCCUUGUUCUUCGCCCGACAGGUCGUCUUCAAAGUGGUCUCAGCAAAGUGCCGGCAUUAAAAGGUCCAUGUCUCCGCAAGCUCAAGACAGGGUCAAAGUCCUGAGGCCCAACGGGGCCUUCACGGAGUUGGGACCCGUUGUGUCUACCGGAUACUACGGUGCGCAAGUGCUUACGGCCGGUCCCAUACCGACUGCGCUUCGCGGUCCGACGAAACUGACUUUCGACGAAGAUCGUCUCACGGACGUCGAGCAGUCGUUAACGCCGACGAACACGGAAGACGUUUCGCAGCUCAUCUCUUCCGGGUACCACUCCUUACGGCCUGCGUACAUGACCUUAGACGAACACUCGGAUCCAAAGACCUUAGCCACCGUGUACCCUCCCGUACUCGAAGCACCGCCUCCACCGUACUACCCACGGUACCUGGAGUUCAGACUGGACCUGGGCAAGAAGGACGUUGGCUACGGCGGUCCUUGUAUGGACCACCAUCUUCGAGAAGAUUUCCUGUACCACCGAGGCAUACUGGCGGCUCCGAGCAGACCGGGGCUCAUGGACGACGUCAUCAGAGGGGAAGACGCGAGGCGGGAGGAAGUGGCGUCGUACUGGAGGGGGACCUCGGUAGGCUCGAGUCUAGUCAACAACGGCGGCGGCCAGGAGUCAGGGACGACGUGUCAAACGGGUGUUCAGACGACAGAAGAACCAUCGGAAUCGUGAUUGUCGACCCAAGGUUCUGUGAAUAGUAUUUAGUUCCAAGAAGAGGACGGCAGUAUGGCAUAUUGCCAUUGGCGAAGAGGAAUCACGUGUCCUGUUUUGCGCCCACACCACGUAAUUUAUUAUCCCCUCACACACCACUGCAAGGAACCGCUCCAGACAAGAAACGGAAGACAGCACGGUUACUGUUCUGAAGAGUGACGUCAUCAACCAGGACUGUGCAAAGUGUCCGAGACUGUUAAAUAAUGUGUCAAAUGCUUCGCGGCUACCAGAAAGCACAUUGCGUGGUAAGGUUUGAUGCACAUAUCAAGGUGGUGCGCAUGCUAGGUUAGAGAAACCCCCCCAGUUCAGGCUUCAAGUUCAUGCUGAUCCACAAGUCCAAUACCCAAGGACACGUCUAGGACAAUGUGCCUUAUCAGGGAAUGUGCCUUUCAUCUGAAUUAUGUGCCUUAUUUUCACACUACACACUGCUACACAUCACGACAAUGUGUAAAUAUAAUGUAAGCUGAUGCAACACCUAUGUACAUACCCAGAAAUAAGAUGACACAGCAAGGUGGCAAGUUUAGUUUGUAGAUCUCAUCUAGGUGGGCUGCACGUUGUUAGAGAAAAAUACAUAUUUAUUAGUUACACAUCACACCUGUUUCGGUUUGGCUACUAGUGUAGACAACGUGCACGACACUCCUCACUGCAAUGUGUAAGAAAAUGUGAUUUUUGUUGCCUCGCUCGAUGUUGUUCAUGCUAUGUGACUUGUACAAAGAAGAUGCAUUCACCGGUUCAUGUGCCCCGGCUGUCUUGAGUGGCAAUGCGGCAAUUAAAAGAAAAGUCGUUUCUUUUA